AUGCCCCAAUGGAAUGCCGACAAUCAACGAUUCGUGUCGAAAUACUACACCACAUUCGACGAAAAGUACCGUGCUGUACUGGACACUGUCAACAUGGCAGCAGUCGAAGGUGCUCUCAAGUACGUCCAAGCCGAAUGCAUCAACGCUUCAGUCAUAACCAACUGUAGGCGCAGGAGCAACAUCCAGUACGUAGUAUUCUACCAGACGACCGUCGUGCAACCUACUGCUGCGAUGAAGCACUACGCUACAGUCACAGAUGAACACCGUUUCGCUGUCGAACGUUGUCCAUUCAUGCCUAUGGACGGCGGUCAAUGUAACCCGAACGCUGAUGGUUCGUUCCCGGAUGUCUGUAACCAGUACACUGGAGAGAAUGGACAUCCUAAAUUGGGCUUCUGUGUAGGUGGCUCGUUGCAAGACCACGACGUUAUCGCGCCGUAUCCGAACAACUACUGGUUCUCUUUUCCUAAUAGCUGUCCACAAACUCGCUGGGCUGGCAAGUCGGACACUUGUCGUGGUCAGAAAUCGGGUGGAAUGUGUCCUCUUGGAGUGCAGCCUGACGGUGAGACGUGUACGUUUACGUACGAAGUACUGGGCUACAUCCCACUGGAUGAUGUUGUGGGCAUCACCAAGUUAAUAAACCCCCAAACAAACAGCUACUAUGCCAACUACGCCGAGUUCUGUGAAGCCGGUGGUGUGGAAUUCAGCGUUACGGUAUCCGGUAAUGAAGUCACGUGGCUGGACGGACUUGAUUUCUGGGCUAACCCUGGAGACAGUGACGCCAAUGCUCAACGUGCAGAGCACCUGGUAGCAGCGUACAGUGACCUCGUAGCCACGAACCCAGUGACAAGUGACGGAGGAGUGAUGAAGCCUUUACCUACGGCAUCUUCGCUCAAAGCCAUCAAUCCUCCAUGCCAUGAGAACAGCAACGUCUGCGCUACAGCGACGUACGGGUGCAAGCGGUCGUUUCGCUCUCAGAUCUGUAAGGUCUGUACGUCGAGCGAUUCUGACUGUGUCAAGCCGUAA